CAUAACAUAUGUGAACAUAAAGCAAGCGUCACCUCUGUGUUCAUUCUUGUGUUCUUUUCAUUCAGAAGACUUUUCAAUAAGUCAGCAGUGCUGAUUAAAUAUUUUUUGUUGCUUCGAAAGUAAACUGAACACGAUGUCAUUGAAUUUGCAGUACGAAAAUAUGGCCAAGAGCUUUGUCCAGAAGUUCUAUGCCCUGUUAGACGACCCGGAGAACCGAAUUCGUGUGGCCCAUUUCUACAAAGCCAAAGAAUCCCUAAUGACCGUCGAGGGCCUUCAAAGUCAGAGAGCUUCAAAGAUAUUAGAGACAAUUCAGCUGAGUUUUAAAAAGAUUCAGCACGUGAUAACCGUUGUGGACGCGCAGCCCACCAUCAAUGGAGGAGAUCUAAUCUGUGUCAUGGGACGUCUCAAGAUCGAUGACGAUCCCCCGUUUGCCUUCUCGCAGGUCUUUGUACUCAAGGCCGAUGGAAACUCGUUGGUGGCAAACAAAAUUUUCCAUUUAAGUGAACUCAAGUCUCCAUGAGUAAUAUCCAUAAAAACACAUACUGAACCCCCCUACGCACAAGUCGACACCUCAAGGAAACUGAUACUCGUAGUAUACAUAAACUUAAUCGGCAAAUAUAAACGCAUUUCCACAUAAUUAAUUAA